AUGUCCUUCCUCUCCCGCUUCAUCCGCCCCUUCUCCAUGAACAACGCACCCGCCGCCCCGAUGGCCGUCCCUCAAGGCGCGCAGACCGCCACCCUCGCCGCAGGCUGCUUCUGGGGCGUCGAGCACAUGUACCGGAAGGCGUUUGCAAACAAGGGCCUGCUCGAUGCGCGUGUGGGAUACAUUGGCGGCGACACCGACAGUCCCAGCUACCGCGCUGUAUGCUCAGGGCGCACUGGCCACGCUGAAGCCUUGCAAGUCGUCUACGACCCCGAGCAGCUUACAUAUCGCACCAUUCUCGAGUUCUUCUACAAGAUGCACGAUCCCACGACGGUGAAUCGGCAGGGCCCGGACACCGGGUCGCAGUACCGGAGCGGUGUUUUUUAUCACAAUGCCGAGCAAGAGAAGGAGGCGCGGGACAUCACAGAGAGGGUGAACCAGCAGUGGUGGAAGGGCGGCGUUGUCACAGAGAUACUACCCGCCGGUCAGUGGUGGGACGCCGAGGCAUACCACCAGCUGUACUUGGACAAGAACCCCAGCGGGUACGAGUGCCCGUCGCAUUUCUUGCGCAGUUUCCCGCCGCUGGACUACAGUAGUGGGGCAUGA